GCUCGGCUCAGCUCGGCUCGGAUCCGUCCAGAGCAACAUGCAGGAUGGCGACCAGUGUGGAGACAGCCGCGGAACACGAACGCAUCCUGCGGGAGAUCGAGAGCACCGAUACCAACUGUAUCGGACCGACCCUCCGGUCGGUGUACGACGGUCGGGAGCAUGGCCUCUUCGUGGAGAAGCUGGACGUCCGGAUCAGGAACCACGACCGGGAGAUCGAGAAGAUGUGUAACCACCACUUCCAGGGCUUCGUCGACUCCAUCACCGAGCUGCUCAAAGUGCGGGGGGAGGCACAGAAACUCAAGAGUCAGGUCACUGAGACUAACAGGCAUCUUCAGGACGAAGGCAAAGAGCUCAUGGGCUCUAUGGAGGAGCUGCAGAAGUGUCGAGUGCAGCAGAGGAACAUCGCGUCCACCAUAGAUAAACUGUCGCACUGCUUACCAGUCCUGGAGAUGUACAGCAGACUUCAGGAGCAGAUGAGGGCCAAAAGGUACUACCCGGCGCUGCGGACGUUGGAGAAACUGGAGCUCACGUGUCUCCCCCGGGCGGGUCAGUACCGGUUCUGCUCCAUCAUGGCUGAGAACAUCCCCAAGCUGAGGACGCAGAUCCGCGACACGGCCAUGACGCAGCUCCGAGACUUCCUGGAGAGCAUCCGGAAACAUUCGGACAAGAUCGGAGAGACCGCCAUCAAACAGGCUAAGCUCCAGCGCUCGUUGGACAGCUCCGUGUCCUCGCAGCCGAGGGGCCUGUUUGGACGUCGCAACAGAAAGGAGGCAGCCGUGACGGACAUCGACGGACACGGUGGCAGCCCGGUGUCCGAACAGGACUCUGGCAUUCUGGACGUGGACGAUGAAGAGGAGGAGGAGGAGGAUGAUGUCCCAGGAGCUCAGGACUUGGUGGACUUCUCUCCCGUUUACCGCUGUCUGCACAUCUACACUGUGCUGGGUUUGCGUGAUGUGUUUGAGAACUACUACAGAAAGCAGCGGAGGAAACAGGCUCGCCUCGUGCUGCAGCCACACUCUAACAUGCAUGAAACUCUGGAGGGAUACACGCGGUACUUCAAUCAGAUCGCCGGCUUCUUCGUGGUGGAGGACCACAUCCUGCACACCACGCAGGGUCUGGUGAACAGAGCGUACGUGGAGGAGCUCUGGGAGUUAGCGCUGUCCAAACUCAUCGCCGCGCUGAGGACACACUCCUCGUACUGUGACAACCCCAACCUGGUGCUGGAUCUGAAGAACCUCAUCGUGCUUUUUGCUGAUACACUGCAGGGCUAUGGGUUCCCAGUGUCGCAGCUGUUCGACAUGCUGCUGGAGAUGCGGGAGCAGUACGGAGAGAUCCUGCUCAAGAAGUGGAACAUCACCUUCAGACAGGUGUUGGAUCAGGAUAACUUCAGCCCAAUCCCAGUGUCCACAGAACAGGAGUACAAACACUACACUUCCCAGUUCCCCUUGCAAGACCCUGACCUGGACAAGCUCCCCUUCCCCAAGAAGCUCCCGUUCUCCGAGUUUGUGCCGAAGGUCUACUGCCAGCUCAAGGAGUUCAUCUACGCCUGCCUGAAGUACUCUGAAGACCUGCAUCUCAGUUCCACAGAGGUUGACGACAUGAUCCGCAAGUCGACCAAUCUGUUGUUGACCAGAACCCUGAGCCACUGUCUGCAGUACGCCAUUAAGAAGAAGAAUGUCGGGCUGGCAGAGUUGGUGCAGGUGAUCAUUAACACCACCCACCUGGAGCAGAGCUGCCACUUCCUGGAGGAGUUCAUAUCGAACAUCACCAAUGUGCCGCCGGACUCUGCCAACGCCACCAAGCUGUACGGGACCUCCACCUUCAAGGACGCUCGCCAUGCUGCCGAGGCGGAGAUCUACACCAACCUCAACGCCAAAAUCGACCAGUUCCUGCAGCUGGCCGAAUACGAUUGGAUGGUGGCGGCGCCGGGGGGCGGGACUCCGGAGGCCAGCGACUACCUGAUGGACCUCAUCGCUUUCCUGAACAGCACCUUCAGCGUGUUCACGCACCUGCCUGGUAAGGUGGCGCAGACGGCCUGCAUGUCGGCCUGCAAACACAUCUCCACCUCCCUGAUGCAGCUCCUGCUCGACCCAGAGGUCAGACAGAUCUCCAUGGGAGCGCUGCACCAGCUCAACGCCGACGUCAAGGAAUGCGAGGGUUUUGCCAGAGCCGGCCCGGUCGCAGGCUUCCAGGGUGACACGUUGCUUCUGGCCUUCAGUGACUUGAGACAAUUACUGGAGCUGUUCACGCAGUGGGACUGGAGCUCCUACCUGGCUGACUACGGGAAACCCAGCUGCAAAUACCUGAGAGUGAAUCCACACACUGCACUGGCCCUGCUGGAAAAGAUGAGGGAGACGAGCAGGAAGAACAACGUCUUCGCCCAGUUCAGGAAGACGGACCGGGACCGACAGAAGCUCAUCGACACCAUCAUCAAACAGCUGCGUAACCUCAUCGCCCAGCAGCAGGCCUGAAGCCCCCGUCCUGAUUGGCUGAAUCCAACCCUCCUGCCUGAUGAAGAGCCGCCUUCAUCGUUCUGUUUGCAUUCACCUGCUGAUCCACGCACCUUAACGCUGCCAAACUCCACUGAACACACACACUCUUACCGGUUCAUUCAAGACCCUUCCUGCUGGAUGAACAUCUGGAGCUACAACACGUAUUUUGACAGCUUGUGUUCCACUUUAUCAGACCCUCAUUUAGAGAUUUUAUAGGGUACUUCCUGUCAAAACUAAGUCGUCUUUCAAUUGAACACAAGUAAGGGGAGAAGUUAGUAUUAUCUUUGGGGAUUUUGGGGGGAUUUAUUGCCAAAAAUAGGACCAAUUUGUCUUAGAUGUUGUUCUUACAGGUGGAGAUUUCUAACGUAUAAUUUCAUGAAAGACAAGCAAUGAAGACUCUUAAAGUAAACAACAAGCAGCAUAUGUUAAUGAAACAAUGUGGCUAUUAAAGCUAGCAAGAAGACAGUUAAAACCCUCAAUCUACUCGUUGUACUUUACAUAUUUCUAGGUGUGCAGGUUAGUUGUAAGAAUAAAUGUUUUUCUUUGUACCAUGAGCUUCCAUUUCCUAAGCGGUGUGUCCUCACCCUCUUUAUAUUCAGCCUUAAAUGUCUUCCACUUUGCUCUUUCUCUCAACAUAUUGAAUGUACAUCCGAGAGGAUGUUUUAUUUCUGCAGCACUGAGGUCAAGGUGAGGUCUGUAAAAAAAAAAAACUAGAAUGUUCCUCCAAUAUUAUCCUUAAAAAGGGGGAUAUGAACUCAACAUGGCAACCCUCGAUGAAUACAACCUGCAAACACUUGAAUGCUGCUCAGACCUGGCAACCGUAUUCCCUUUUCUUAAAACAGUGGGGUUUUUGGGGGGAUUUAAAAGGGGGGAUGUUGUCCAAAUAUGGCAACCCAUUCCUCAGUUUUCAGUCAAACUAUGAUGUAUGAAUUACUGGGUCUUUAAGACCCCCCCCCCCCAACCGUGCAGACUAAUGUUGUGUAGGAACCAUUGUACUAAUGCCGAGCACACACACACACACUUGCAUGUCUUCCGUAAACCUGUGUGUGUGUGUGUGUGUGUGUGUGUGUGUGUAGUUGGAGCACAUUAGAUUAUUUUCAUUAACUUAUAUUUUGGGUUGUUUGCUUUUUUUUCUCUUCAACUUGGGUGCAAUAAUAGCAUUGGAAACUACAGCUGUGUGUGUGUGUGUGUGUGGGGGGGGGGGGGUCAUUGCGCUUUAUAAAGGGAUUCAAACAUAGUGUAUGUCAGAAGGGAAUUCAAGUCUUCCUGCUGUGUGUGUGUGUGUGUGUAUGUCUCUGUCUGGGUGUCAGUAAGGGAAGGGGCCGUCGCUACUGAGCCUGUGCUGUAUAUUUCGGGUUAUUUUCGGGUCUGGACUCUGGGGGUCUUUCUGCGACGUAGAUUAGGUAUUUGUUGCCAGGUCCUGGUGCAGUUGAACGAGAAAUUAGCUUCGCUCCGUGUCCAGACUCCUCGCGCUGCAGCUGUUGUUUACUUUGUUUUGUAUUUUGUAAAAAAGAGACAGAAGCACUGUUGUAUUAAACACCACUGAUGAAUGAAACCUAAGUACAAUACUAAUAAAACGGCAUCAAAUAUGGAAUAAA